AUGGCUCCUAAGCAGGCUACUCUGGGAAAGUUCUUUGGCAAGAACGGCGCACCAGCGAAACAGCAGUCGAAGCUGGCCUUCUCCACCAAGACCAAACCCGAAAAGAAAGAUGCCGAACCAAAAGAAGAGCCCGAAUCGUCGCCGGCAGACGUCAAAUCCGAGCCCAAUGGAACAGCAGAGGCGAGCGUGAAGAUUGAGGCCGACACAAGUGGCGAGGCAAUGGAAGUCGACAGUGCGUCUGCUGAGGCUGGCAAGAAGAGACAGGUCAAAGAGGAAGAGGAAGACUCAGAAGACGAGCCCCCUACUAAGCGACAGCGACGGAAACCGGCAAAAGAGACUGAGGCGAAGAAGGCUAAGCCAGCGGCGAAGAAAGUUGACAAACCCGCUGCGUCGCCGAAGAAGGCGGCUGCCACAACGAAGGAGGCGGAGGACGAAGUAGACGAAGGGGACGAGGCUCCCAAGCCAAAGAAAGCUACAAAAGGCAAGAAGGAGACACAAAAAUCGCCAACACCAGUUGCGGAGGACGACGCCGUGUCUGAGGAAAAAGAGGACGAAGACCUGCUAAGCUCAGGUGAAGAACCCGAGGAGGUCAAAGUCAAGGCUCGCAAGCAAGUCCAAAGUACACUUACCUCAAAGACGAACGAUCUGUACCCGGAUUGGAAGCCUGGUGAGCCAGUGCCUUACGCUGCGCUCUGCACAACGUUUUCCAAGAUUGAGAUGACGACAAAGCGACUUGAGAUUAUGGCCCACUGUUCACUUUUCCUGCGUCAAGUGAUGCGUCUGACACCCUCAGACCUCCUACCGACAGUCAUGCUCAUGAUCAACAAACUCGCUGCAGAUUAUGCUGGCAUCGAACUUGGUAUUGGCGAGUCUCUGAUCAUGAAGGCUAUUUCAGAGAGUACUGGGCGGACUCUGCAACACAUCAAGAGCGACCAACAGGAAAUCGGAGACCUUGGACUGGUGGCAGCAAAGAGUCGAUCGAAGCAGCCUACUAUGUUCAAGCCAAAGCCUCUGACUGUCGCAGGUGUUCACAAAGGUUUGAUGGCUAUUGCGACUACCACCGAAGGGCAGGGCGCUCAAGGGCGAAAGGUCGACGGCAUCAAGAAAUUGUUGUCGUCCGCCGAUGCCCACAACGCUGGGAAGCACGUCGACAUAGAAGAGAACAAGGGCGGUGCAAGUGAGGCCAAGUUCAUUGUUCGAACACUUGAAGGCAAGCUCCGCUUAGGGCUCGCGGAGAGAAGUGUUGUGGUUUCGCUUGCACAAGCAGUGAAGUUUCACGAGAUGUCACAGAGUGGGAAGACGCCGUCUACAGCAGACUUGGCUGAAGCCGAGGCCACGCUGAAGACUGUCUACAGCGAGCUUCCCAGCUACGAGGUUAUUGUUCCUGCUAUGCUUGAACACGGGUUAUCAAAGCUGCGCGAGAAUUGCAACCUGCAACCUGGUGUGCCGCUGAAGCCUAUGCUUGCGAAGCCGACAAAGUCAAUUACUGAAGUACUCGACCGUUUCGAAGGCAAGGAUUUCACAUGCGAGUACAAGUAUGACGGCGAGCGAGCGCAGAUCCAUUUUGUUGCACACGACACGACGAUAGACAUGGCGACGGCAGCUCCUAUGCCUGGCAAGAGUGACCGCGGUGUGUCCAACAUCUUCUCUCGAAACUCUGAAGAUUUGUCGAAGAAAUACCCAGAUAUCCUUGCGAAGCUGCCCUCAUGGGUCAAGGAGGGGACGAAGAGCUUUGUUCUCGACUGCGAGACCGUGGCCUGGGACGUGGUGGAGAAGAAAGUCUUGCCCUUCCAGCAGCUUAUGACAAGGAAGAGGAAGGAUGUCAAGGUCGAGGAUGUGACAGUCAAGGUCUGCGUCUUUGCCUUCGACAUCCUGUACCUGAACGGCGAGGCCCUCGUGACGAAGUCCUUCCGCGAACGUCGAGAAGCCCUCAACAGCGCGUUCAUCCCCGUCGAAGGCGAAUUCGCACUUGCGAAGUUCGGCAACACCAACGAGCUCGACGCCAUCCAGACACUGCUCGAAGAUUCCGUCAAGGAAGGCUGCGAAGGCCUCAUGGUCAAGAUGCUGGACGGCCCAGAGUCAUACUACGAGCCCUCCAAACGCUCGCAGAACUGGCUCAAAGUCAAAAAGGACUACCUCGCGGGCGUGGGCGACUCCCUCGACCUCGUCGUCCUCGGUGCCUACUACGGCAAAGGCAAGCGCACAAGCUGGUACGGCGCCUUCCUGCUAGCCUGCUACAACCCGUCUACCGAAAAAUACGAAUCCGUCUGCAACAUCGGCACCGGCUUCUCGGAAGCUCUGCUCGAGAGCCUCCACACCCAACUCUCUGCCAUCGUCAUCGACCGCCCCAAGCCCUUCUACACCCACAGCCCCGGCAACAAAGACCAGCCCGACGUGUGGUUCGAGCCGCGCUUCGUGUGGGAGGUGAAAACCGCCGACCUCACACUGUCACCCCGCUACCGGGCAGCCGCGGCAGAGGUCUCCGGCGGCGGGAAAGGCGUGAGUCUGAGGUUUCCGCGCUUCGUCAAGGAGAGGGAGGAUAAGAAGCCGGAUCAGGCGACGACGGCCAGGGCGAUUGCGGAGAUGUAUCAGAGGCAGGAGAGUGUGGGGAAGAGUAAGGGGCCUAGUGCUGAUGAUGACUUUGAGUAUUAG